AUGAAGAAGUUCACGACCGUAUUCGUGCCUCUGCACAUGCACUACACAGUCGACGCAAAUGGCCCAAUCAUGCACUUGCUUGGAAGAAGCGACUCUGGAGAGUAUGUGGAGUGCGCCAUAACAGGGCACUUUCACUACUUCUACGUGCCGCACACGGGCACGCCCAUCCAGGAAAUAAUCCGCUCCCACAAGGAGAUUGUCUCCGCCUACGUUCUGGAAAGGCUCUCCAUCUACGGAUUCAACAAGCCCGCACAGUUUGUGAAAGUCCUUGUCAGAGACCCGAAGGCUAUUUCUGCUGUGAGCGCGGCCGUGAAAAACACCGUUUCAAGGUCGGGCCCACCCGUUGACACGUACGAGACAAACGUAGGAUACAUUCUCAGAUUUAUGAUCGACACAAACCUCUCCGGAAUGGAGUACGUUGAAGUGUCGCACGAUGAAGCAGGCUGCAAGUUUUCGUCAACGCACGACAGAGUCACCGUGCGAAAAGACCUUCUCAAAACCCCGCCCCUCAAGAUCCUCAGCACAGACAUUGAGUGCACGGCAGAAGAGGGCAAAUUCCCGAAUCCCUUGGUAGACCCGGUCGUGCAGAUAGGAAACGUGCUUUCCGUGUACCCCUUUCAGAAGGUCGAAAGAGUCUUGUUUUGCCUGAAUGAGGUCAACCACAUUCCGGACGCGACCGUGUACGCCUUCAAAAAAGAAGAAGACCUGCUCAUGGCGUACUCGCAGUGGAUUCUUUCCAUGGACCCAGACAUCAUCACAGGGUACAACAUCGUGAACUUUGACCUCCCGUACCUUGUCAAUAGGGCGAACUCGCUGGGCCUCCACAAAUUCAAAUACUUUGGAAGGACGCCGGAGGGCGCAAGAGUUGAAGAGUCCGGGGCCUGCGUCCCUGGGAGGAUUCUCUUUGACGUUCUAAGCGUCGUCAAGAAGGAGUUCAACCUGCACAGCUACUCGCUGAACUCGGUGAGCGCUGCUUUUUUGGGCGAGCAAAAGGAAGACGUCCACUUCUCCCAGAUCAAGCCCAUGCAGGAGUGCAGCAGCGAGACCAGAAAAAGGCUUGGAAUCUACUGCCUGAAGGAUGCGCAUUUGCCGCUCCGGAUCAUGCACCGGAAAAACCUUCUUGUAAAUUACUGCGAGCUCGCACGGGUCACAGGAGUUCCCCUGGAGUACUUGCUCACGCGGGGGCAGGGCGUCCGAGUCAUGUCCCAGAUCCUGAGGCACGCAGGAGAGAAGAAAUACAUUCUGCCCGUUGUUAACUCGAGCGAGGAGACGUAUGAGGGGGGAUACGUGAUGGAGCCUGCGCGGGGAUUCUACAGCCAGCCGGUUGUCGUUCUGGACUAUGCCUCUCUGUACCCGUCCAUCAUCAUGGGGUACAAUUUGUGCUAUAGCACGCUUGUAUCAAAGGAUCAGAUCAAGGAUAUGCGCCCAGAGGAGUACACGGUGUCGCCCACGGGAGACUGUUUUGUGUGCAGGGAUGUGAAGGUGGGGAUACUCCCGGAAGUUCUCAGAAAGUUGCUGCAGGAGAGGAAGGACGUGCGAAAAGAGCUGGCCGCAUGCACGGACCCCGAAAUGAAGGCCUCUCUCAACGCGAGGCAGCUGGCGCUGAAAGUGUCGGCAAACUCGGUCUAUGGGUUCACAGGCGCGGCAAAGACGGGGCUCCCGUGCAUUCCCGUGUCCAGAAGCGUGACAGGCUUUGGAAGAAACAUCCUCAAAACCACGCAGGAGCUUAUUAUGGGGGAGUACAACAGAAUGGUGGCCAGCGAGAGCGCGGCCUCCACUGAGAAAGAUGGCGUUGAGGAUAGCAAAGCCGCUGACAACAUUGGCAGUCCUGAGAACGCGGAUAAUGCUGGCAGUAACGAGAGCAAUAAGGAAGACAACAGCAUCAACAGUAACAGCAUCGGAGUCUGCUCUGAGGCUGUGGACAAAAACAGCAGCCCGUGCACCGGAAGCAGCGCUUUGACCGUGGCCUACGGGGACACAGACUCGGUCAUGGUUACGCGCGACAACUGGACACUCCAGGAAGCCUUUCUCACAGGGGAUAGAAUCUCCGAGUUCAUCACGCAGAAGCUUCCAGACCCGCUCACCCUCGAAUUUGAGAAGGUCUACCACCCUUUCGUCCUCAUAAACAAGAAAAGGUACGCAGGGUGUGCUAAGUUUGCCCCGAACGACCCUGGGAAAAUCGACACAAAAGGCAUUGAAACGGUCCGGAGGGACAACUGCCUUCUUAUCAGAGACCUCAUGAAGGAGUGCAUGGACAGAGUCUUCCUGCGCGGAGACAUUGAAGGCACGAAAAAGUUUCUCCAGGAAAGAGUCGCAGACCUGCUCGGAAACAAAAUCGGAAUUUCUCAGCUCAUCAUCAGCAAGUCCAUCACGAAGAAGGAGGAAGAUUACAGCGUGUCCCUGGCGCACGUCUCGCUCGCAGAAAGAAUGCGGAAAAGAGAGGGGUCAGGGCCAGGCCUGGGAGACAGAGUCUCGUACGUGAUUCGUGCAGGAAGCGAGCCCCUCCACGAAAGAAGCGAAGACCCUGUUUACGCCCUCAGAAAUAACGUCCCCAUUGACACGCUUUACUACCUUAAAAACCAGCUGAGCAAGCCCUUGGAAAGGCUUUUGUCGUACGUAAUCAAGGACAUCGACCAAAUACUCUCGCCGAGCAGAUACAGCGUCUGCACGCGGGCCAAGGAAAUGCCGCGAGGAAUAGGGUCUUUCUUCAAGAAGAAGAAGGUGUGCACAAUUUGCAGGGUAGGCGAGUUUCCCGUGUGCAAGGCCUGCGACCGAGCAUACCCAAGCACAGCCGCGGAAAUGCAAAGAAAGCUGUACGGGCUGCAAACGCAGUACUUUAUGGUGCUCUGCGAGUGCAUAGAUAUGCAGAAGUCCCGCCAUAGGAUGAUCACGUGCUGCAACAGAGACUGCCCGACAUACUACAUUCGAAUAGAAAUUCAGAAGGCGAUUGAGGAGGCGCACAGCAAGUACGAUCAGAUCAUGCAGCACAGAAAGUAG